AGUCUUUAUAAUGGCAUGAAAAAUAUUAAGAGCGAUACACUCCAGUCUUCUUCACAUUUGAAUAUAGUAAAAGUAGUAAAAGCUAUGGCCUCUCUUGUUGUUCCUCAUAAUAUUUCUGCUGUUGAAGAUGCUGAAAAUCUCAGAAAGGCUUUUGAAGGAUGGGGCACCAAUGAAAAGGCAGUGAUUUCAGUUCUUGGUCAUAGAAAUGCAGCUCAAAGGAAGCAAAUCAGACAGGCUUAUUGGGAUCUUUACCAAGAAGACCUCGUCAAGCGUCUUGAAUCCGAGCUCACCGGAGAUUUUGAGAGAGCUGUGUAUAGGUGGAUUCUGGACCCAGAAGAUAGAGAUGCAGUAUUGGCCAAUGUUGCUCUGAGAAAAUCCGGUGACUAUCAGGUGAUCGUUGAGAUUGGUUGCGUCCGAUCCGCAGAGGAGCUUUUGGCUGUCAGGAGGGCUUACCAGGCUCGCUACAAGCAUUCCUUGGAAGAAGAUGUUGCUGCCCAUACCAAGGGAGAUAUCCGGAAGCUCUUGGUUGGUUUGGUGACUGCUUUCAGGUACGAAGGCGCUGAGAUAAAUGCAAGGUUGGCCAAAUCAGAAGCUGAUAUUCUUCAGGAUGCCAUCAAAGACAAGGCCUAUAAUCAUGAGGAAGUCAUCAGGAUUCUUACCACAAGAAGCAAAACUCAGUUGAUGGCUACUUUCAACCGCUUCAAAGAUGAUCACACCACUUCCAUCACUAAGGCUUUGUUGGGUGAGCAUGCUGAUAAUAAUGAGUUCACUGGCUUGCUACGAGUCGCCAUUCGGUGCUGCAAUGAACCUAUUAAGUACUAUGAAAAGGUUUUGCGCAAUGCGAUCCGGAGGGUAGGGACCGACGAGGAUGCACUUGCUCGUGUGAUUGUGACACGGGCAGAGAAAGAUCUGUCGGAGAUCAAGGAGCUUUACUACAAGAGCAACAGUGUGCCUCUUGAUCAGGCUGUUGCCAAGGAAACUUCGGGUGAUUACAAGGCUUUUCUCCUCGCUCUGCUCGGAAAGGAGGACUAAACUUUAUCACUAUUUAUAUGACUAUAUAUCUAAGUGAUCAAGUCAGAUUUCAAUAAUUAAUGGUUUUAUUUCUCAAACUGUAAUGUUGUGUGCUGUUGUGAGGCUUGAUUUUCAAGUUUCUUGAUCUUGAUCCAGUUUUAAAGUUCUUGUUUUAUGAUGUCUUGAGCAAUGAGAUGUUUCUUUAA